AAAGAUUUUUUGUUGAUCUUGACAAAAUGGCAGAAACUCCAAAACUUUAGAUUAGAUCUAGAUCUAUAAAUAUAUUUUCGAAAUGAAUCAACCAAAUCUAGACUAGUUGGGCCAAGCUUCUAGAGUCUACUUUCUAUGUUAAUUAAAAUUAUGUAGAUAUUUAAUAAUUUAUCUAAAACAAGAUAACUUUGAAAGUUUAUCAAAAACUUUGAUGUGGAAGCUUAAUAGUUGGAUCACCUGACAUCAGUAAUGUCUAUUAUAUCAAAAGUAAUUGUGGCCUCCAGUUUAGUAGCUCUUGGAACUGGCCUGGUGUAUGUCAUAUAUCAACGCUAUGUAUUUACUGAGAGAGAAUCAAAGUUGGAAAGCCAGAUCAGCCAUCUGAGUCUCAAGCUGGCCAAGCUAGAGGAGGAGUUGCAGAAGAUCAAAGAAAACCUGACGCUGUCCUCAUCCACAGAGGAGAAUGAGGAAAUUUUCAUAGAUGCCUUAGAGGUUGCUGCGACGCCAUUAACAGUGAAUGAACAAGGAGAUAUUCCAGGAGAUGAACAGGGAGCUGUGCCAACUUGUAUUCAAAGUGAUGAAACUUUCUGUGAUGCGGCCAAAAAAGUGGAUGAGAACACAUAUGCAUUAUUAAUCAAGAUUGACUCUCUUGUGGAGGAAGGAGGCUAUAAUAACAUGAAGGAAGCAUUUAAUCUAUUGACAGAUCUAAUAGAAAAACAUCCCCUUGAAUCUGAGUUCCAGUGGCGACUGGCCAAAGUGUGUUUCCUGUUAACUUCAGAAGAUAUGAUUAAAAACUCUGAGACUAUCAGCAGCACCCAGACUGAUCUGAUGAAGACGGCUCAUGAUGCUGCCAAACGAGCCUUGGAGUUAAAUGACAAGUCAGGCGAUGCACACAAGUGGAUGGCCAUCGUGAUUGGCAGCAUCACACAGUAUUUACCUGUCCAAGAACAAAUCAAGAAUGCUUAUGUUAUUAAGGACCACAUACAAGCAGCCAUGAAGUAUAAACCUAACGACUUUCUUCCAUACCACAUGAUGGGAAGAUGGUGCUAUUCAGUUUAUGUUAAGGUUUACAUGCUAACUUGGGUAGAGAGAAAAGUGGCUGCCACUCUUUUUGCUGCGCCCCCAACUGCCACCAUUGAAGAAGCCAUAGAACACUUACUAAAGGCAGAAGAAAUAAACCCAGGGAGUUCUAUAGAUAAUGUUCUUUAUUUAGGAAAGGCUUACUUGGCCAAGAGAGACUACAUAAAGGCUGUGAUGUGGUGGAAAUCUGGCCUACAGAUGACCAGCUCCAAAACAGAUGUAAGAAUAUCUAAUUACACGGACAUCAAAGCGCUGAAAGAAAUUGAAGACUUACUAACACAGUAUGAAAGUUAUGCCCAGAGCUAGCACAGUUAGUUGAACAUAGCUGUAUCGCAUUAAGUGAAGAUGUUGCAGUGUAAUUGCUUGGUGAUAAACUCUCUUGUUUUUAAACAGACUGUUUUUGUUUAUAUUGUACUAAAGCUUUCCAGCUCAUUCCAAUGCACUGUUAGCCUAUAUCAGAUUUCUCUUGCUCAAAAGUUGACUUGAAUAAUUGAUAGGUAUUUGUCAUUGACCUAGGUUCUAACAGGGUUCAAAACAUUUACCUAACACUAAUUCUGCAUGAUGAUCAGAGAUUAACAAGGUCUUCAAUAUUCAUAGAUCUAGUAAAAUAUCUACUGCAGUCCUUUUUAACACAUAUUUUCAGUUGGCUCCAUUUCUUCUAACUUCUUUUAAAAAUGCUAAAUAACAAGUAAAGUUUGAUAGGUGUAACAAAGUUGAUGGCUCUCUAUUCAAAACGUUUUUUUUUUAAAGGCACUUUUAUUUUUACAAAAGUAAAUUAAAGACCAGAAUAACUUAAAGAGGAAUUUUUUUUUAAUUAACAAGUGCAUCUUCUAAAAUAAAUUAGCAUAUUGAGCAUUAUUUUGAAGAAAUACUAUUUGCUAUAAUGACUAUUAUUGUGUUUUUCAUGAUACUAAAGGAAUGAUGUAAUGUGUCAAGUUAUUCUUUCAGAAGUGCUCAGACAUUUUCUUAUCAAACCUUAUGUAAUACAAACAUUACUUUUAAAAAGAAGAUGAUUACAUCCUAUGCGUGUCCCUAGGUCAAUCUAGUGAUGCAUGUUAAUCAAUGACUUAAAUUCUGCCAAGUCAUUGGUUUUCCUGGCUGACUCAGGCAAAUGAUUCCAUGUUCUUGUAGCACUAGGGAAGAAGAACAUUCGUUUAGUUUAAUUGAUCGAUGUUUAGAAAGGGAAAAUCUCAUUCAUAAUUUUCUAUUAUUUAUAAUCUCUCAAUAUUUGUUUCUUUGCUGUAUCUCACUAUUUGGAAUACUCAAGUUUUCUCUUCUAUCACUUCAUUUUUGCAAAUAUUUGCUAUUUACAAAUUAUUAUUUGUGCACAUGUUGUAAAGUAGGAAUGAUAAGCAAUGAAUGUAAAUAUCAGUGACCACAACAUAUUAGAUGAUUGCAUUGCAUUCACAAUGCACAUGUAUCUGAGUCAAAGCAGGGCUAAGUGUAUAUAUUUAUCAUUUGAUCAAGAUCUGACCUGAAUCUUUAAACUUCUGCUGCCACACGGAGUUUAUAGAAUGAAAGUGCGACAGAAAAUGAAAUGAACUUUUUGUGUGAGUGUUUCUUUGAGUUGUUUUUCUAAAGUAUGUUCAAGAGUUCCUGCAGUCCAGACAUGUUGUUGCUCAUGUAUAAUCAAAAGAUUCUUUAUCAGUAUUGUCUAUUAUGUAGUUGUUGAGGUUAGAUUUGAUAAUUGACGUUCAAGUAGAUCAAGUAGCUCAUAACUUUGUGUUGACAAGAUUGUUACUCUUGAAUAUAGUUACUUAUACUUCAGCCGUCACCUCCACAUUAAAGUAACUGUUGUGUUUUAGUAUUGAAGUGAAUGCCAUGGUGCCAGGAAACAACAAAGAGAAAGUAUUUUUUGUCAACUCUUCUGCUAAUAAUUUCAAUGGCUGUAUCAUCAUCGAAAAGAAUCAUCAACCAAGACUAAUAUGGCAAAAAAAAAAAAAUGCUUUGUUGGAAGAGUAUAUAAUUAUUACAUAAACUUUGAAGUUGGCAAUUGUUGUCAAUUUUGUGGUCUACAUCCAUUAAUUGAUCACUUUUAAAUGUUGAUCAUCCUGUUUGUGAUUUGUAAUCAAUGAAAUCUUCAUAAAAUUUGCUAAAAAAAACAACAUGGAAACAAUGAUUUUGUUUUUCUCUUUAGAUUCAUUUGAAUUUUCUCUAUAAAUUUUGUUAAAAAAGAUAUUCGAGGUUUACAUUUUUUUUUUAAAGUUUUUAUGUUUUCAUUUCUUGUAAUCAUUUUGUUGAAAUAUUAGCUACGUUUAUUUAUUUUCACUAUGUCUGUGAGAUAAGUAUUUCAUUAUUUUUUUUCAUCUUGUGUUAACUAUAAAAUAUUCAGUAGUAUUUAAACUAUUUGAAAUGAUUAUCAGAACACUAUAACACUCCAGCAAAUGCUUCAAAAUUUUCUUUUUUUAUUCUCUAAACCAUCAAUCAAAAAAAAUUAUAUUUAUAGAUGGAUAAAUGAAUGUAGACAGACAUAGAGAUCUAUAUAUUCCAUCACAAGAUGCUCUCAGACACAUAAAUAAAUAAAAUUGCAAUAUAAUGUUCUAUCUACCUCAGUCAUACUCAAAACUUAAACUUACAUACUGAAGAUUUAUUAUUUUUUUCGUUCAUUUCGUUAGAUCCAAAAGUGUUUUCUUAAGACUCAUUUCAACUUGUGUCUGUUGUGUGCUUGUAUUUAUCAACAGAAAUACUUGCUCGGAAAUAUGUCAGAAAAUAGCGGCUAAAAGCCUGUCUGUAAGGAAAUAGAGAGAGAAAAAAAAACAAUGCUAGACAUUGCAUAUCUAAAAAGGUUAGGUUGUAAUAGGGAUUUUAUUUUUAUUAGGUUUGUUUUGUUUUUUUUCAUAGUGUCCCUUGGCAUUGAACUUAUUGUAAUGAACUGAUCUUUCAAUUUAUCUUGAACUGAAAACAGUAGAACAGAUGUUUCUAAAACUACAAUUUUGAUAAACAUCACUUUUGGUGAACAGAAUGUUUUCAUUUUGUGUGCACUAAGAGAGAACUGUACUUGAUAUCUAGAGAAUUUAUUUUUAUAAUAAUGGUAUUUGAGGAAAUUUUUUUUUCCGAAUCUUUUGUA